AUGAAGCUUUCUCGUAUACCUGUAAGAGCAUUUGGUAAUGCAGCAUAUCAACAGCCUAUCGAAUAACGUCAAGUACGUCCUUCCUCCAUUUAGUAAAGCUUGGAACCAAGAUAAAUUAUGAGAUGUGUCUCUUAAGAAUAAAAAUUACCUCAUCCAUCUAUACAAUAUGUUCAAUAUCCUUAAUAAAGGUAAUGUACUUGACUUUAUGGCAAUUUAGAGGUUCGAGUCCACCAAUACGAAAAUCACUUUAAGAGACUGUUGCUUAUUAUCAUUAAUAAUAAUACUAAUAGAGUGUACCUCUGAAAACUGAACAACAAAAUAAAUUAUCUGAACUGAACAAAGUUUAAUCUUAAGCUCAAUUGAAUUUUGGUAUUUAGGAUGACACGGGUCAAUCAAUAAUUAUUAAACAAUAGAAUGAAUAAAUUUAACAAUUACAAACUCAAUUAUCAGAGAAAGUUCAUUAAUAUUAAUAAUUGUAAGAGAGAUUUAAUGUAGAAUUCAAGAAGUUUUAGGAAGACUUAAGACACAAAUUAAAUAAUAUUGAUUUAAACAUCACUUAGAAUGAUUACACUUAAUAAUUUAUGUUGGAAAUUGAUAGGAAAGUGUCAAAUCUAUAAAAUAAUCUAAAUGAAUAGAUUAAGGAAUUGUAAGAGAAUUUUGAAUAAAAGACUAAAUAGAGUGAACAUUUAGUUAAAAAUCUAUCUUCUAAUACAUCAUUAAGAUUAAAUGAAGAUGAAUAACAUUUCAAAUAAGAGAUUGAAAAUUUGAAUAUUAAAUUGAAUAGUAAAGCAGACAGAUAAAAAGUAGAAUAAACAAUAUAAGUAUAAAUUACUUAAUUAUAAAAUUAAUACUAAUUACAAUUAUAAUAGGCACAUUAAUUAUUAAAUAAAAUAAAUAAUGAAAAGAGUGAUGAAUUAUUAUAAAUCAAAAAUUAAAUACAAAACACUUUAUUGCAUCUAACAUAAUAAGUUAAUUAAUAAUUAUAAAACAUGUAUGAUACAAUAAAUUAAAGAGAUUAGGAGAAUAAUAACAAUAAAUAAGAAAGUAAAUAUUUAAGUUAACAUUUCAAUAAUUUAUCAAAUAAAUUUUAAUAAUUAUAAUAAUAAUCUAUUGAAACUAUUACAUAAUUAAAGUAAAAAAAUAAAUAGAUUGAAAAAGAAAAGCAAGAAUUAAAUAAAUAAUUAACUUAAUAAUAAUUUUUAGUUUCAUAAUUCUAAUCUGAAAUUAAUAAAUUAAAAAAUACUAACUCUUAAUUAACAUUACAAUUAUCACCAUAAGUCAAAUAAAAUAGUUUCUUAUCCAAUUCUACAGCUGUAGCAAAUUAAAAAUCAAAAAAACAAUUAAGUAUUGCUAAAAAGAAAAAUGAAAUCAGUUUGGAUGAUUUUGUUGAUUUUAAUGAAAAUUCAUUGCUAGAUUCUAAUGAUAGUUUUGAAAUAAAUGAAACUUGUGGUUUCAGUAAAACUAAAAAGACAAUUUAAUUAGAAGAAUUCUAAAGUCCUCCAAGAAAUCCCUUUAAGAAAUCCUAAUUAUAAAAUAUUAAUAAACUAUUAAAUGAAAACUUGAGUGGAUAAAUGUCUUGUAAAAGUAGAGGAAAAUCAGCACCUUUACCUAUGAUUAAUGCUUUAACAAAGGCAAUAAAAAGAAGUAUAAAAUCAUUAAAUUAAUUUUAUAAGGAUUACUUUAUUUAGGUAAAAAUGAUAGAAUUUUGACAUGUACAUAUGAUUCAGAGAAACAUUUAAUUGAUUGUGAUAUGGGAUUAUGUUUAUUAGAUGAAAAUGGUUCUCCAUUUGUAGUUAGUGAUUAAGAAAAGAACCAAUUGAUACAAAUGAAAUUGAUCAGGAUAAAUUGA